UGGAGCCCCCGGGCAAUAGGGUUUCAUGGGGCCCCUGUGUCCUUGCCCAAACUCAAAAAAGCCUAUGAAAAAGGUACCAGGGGCAUCUCAUGGGGCCCCCUACUGACCCCGGGCCCUCGGGCAGUGCCUGAGUUCCCAAAUGGUCAGUCCGCCCCUGCCCCCUGCCCUUUCCCCCUUAACCUCAGCAACUCUCUCACCGUCAGUUUGCUUCAGAGGUUCUAAUUUAGAGCAGUGAAGCUGAAGUUUUAUCAGGCAGAACUG